CCACCCAUGCAGGGUGAGGGUGCCAGGAGCCUCUGCCCCCCAUCGGCCUCAGAGCCGGGCAUGGCGAAACCUCAGGGAGUGCUGCUGGAUGUGCAGAACUUUUUUAAGAUCAGUGACAGCAACGCCGGCCUGCUUCAGACGGUUUUCAUUGGCUGCCUGCUGCUGUCUGCACCUGUAUUUGGCUACCUGGGUGACCGACAUAGCCGCAAGGCCACACUGACCUUUGGGAUCCUGCUCUGGUCAGGAGCUGGCCUCUCCAGCUCCUUCAUCUCCUCCCAGUACCCCUGGCUCUUCUUCCUGUCCCGGGGCAUUGUGGGCAUCGGCACAGCCAGCUACUCCACCAUCGCACCCACCGUCCUGGGGGACCUCUUCGCCAGCGACCAGCGGACCCGAGUACUGGCCGUUUUCUACAUCUUCAUCCCUGUUGGAAGUGGUAUGGGCUAUGUGCUGGGAUCGGGUGUGACGAAGCUGACCGGGAACUGGCAUUGGGCCCUUCGAAUCAUGCCCUGCCUGGAGUUCGUGGCCUUGGUCUUGCUCCUCUGCCUGGUUCCAGACCCGCCCCGGGGAGCUUCGGAGAAGCAGGGGGAGGCCAUCCUGGGGCUCCCCCGGAGCAGCUGGUGUGGGGACGUCAGAUACCUGGCCACAAAUUUGAGCUUCGUGUGGUCAACCCUGGGAGUGACAGCUAUGGCCUUUGUGACCGGAGCCCUGGGCUUCUGGGCUCCUAAGUUCCUGUUUGAGGCCCGUGUGGUCCACGGGCUGCAGCUGCCCUGCCUCCAGGAGAUGUGCAGCAGCCAGGACAGCUUGAUUUUUGGGGUAGUGACCGUUGUGACUGGCAUCAUCGGGGUUGUCCUGGGAGCAGAGGCUGCAAGGAGGUACAAGAAAGUCAACCCAAGGGCUGAGCCCCUCAUCUGUGCCUCCAGCCUGCUUGCCACAGCCCCCUGCCUCUACCUGGCUUUCGUCCUGGCCCCAACCACCCUCCUGGCCUCCUACGUGUUCCUGGCUCUCGGGGAGCUGCUGUUAUCCUGCAACUGGGCAGUGGUUGCUGACAUCUUGCUGUCUGUGGUGGUGCCCAGGUGCCGGGGGACGGCAGAGGCGCUGCAGAUCACAGUGGGCCACAUCCUGGGAGAUGCGAGCAGCCCCUACCUCACUGGCCUGAUCUCCAGUGCUCUGCGGGCAAGGCGACCGGACUCCUACCUGCAACGCUUCCUCAGCUUGCAACAUAGCUUCAUGGGCUGCGCCUUUAUCAUCGUCCUGGGCGGUGGCUGCUUCCUGCUGACUGCGCUGCACCUGGAGAGAGACCGAGACCAGGCCCAGGCCCAGGCCCAGGCCCAGGCUCAGCCGACUGGCACAGGGCCUUCAAACAGCAAGGAUGUGGAGCGCCUCAGCCUGCUUUUGGGGGCGGAAGCCCCUCCAGAGAAGCCCUGA